AUGCCUUGCUCCCGCAACCAACUCAGAACCCAAUCCAAUCGCACAUCUUCGCCCGCAGAUAAUCCCCCCGAAGAACAGGGCAGUCAAGAUUCUAGAGCAGCAGAUUCAACUCCGGCCAGAGCAUUGACCAAUGAGGAGGAGCUAGUGCUAGAACAGCUGCGGAUCUUGAGCCCUUGA